AAACAGUCUGCCCACUUGAACCUGAAUUUGAUUCCAGGGAUUUGAUUUGAUACCAGGGAUAUUCAAAUAUUACCCAAUGAGGUCUGGAUUAGCCUACUGCUGUUUUUUGUUCUACCUGAUAAUUAAUUUAUCCCACCUGGUGUCCCAGAUCUUAAUCAUUCCCUGAUUAGAGGGGAUAGAAUGAGAAACAAAGCAGUAGAACUGGCGUUAUAGGUCCAGGGUUUAAUUUGAAGGGCCUUUAGUCUAUGGAUACCCAUGUUUCUCGUUAGCCCCCAGACAGGUUUACAGGCUUGUUUUUCAAGUUCUACCAAAAGUCUAGUCUGCUUUCCAGAUUAACUAGCCGCGUUGGUAGGAAAACCACUAGCACCCGGAAAUGCGCCACUUUCUUCGGGUUCCCAUAGCAAGGCAAAGCCACCGGCAAAUUGGAAUGUGAUUUAUCUAAGUUCAGAGACAGGUCUAAGAGUGGCUCGACAGGGCAACAUACGACCAUUUUAGCCUACCUUCGGGCAGAAUCAGAGAUGGCCAGCCAGAGCGAGGUGAUUGACAGGUUGAGGGCUACGUUCCGGUCAGGUGUGACCUUUCCAGAGCAGUUCCGUAUGACCCAGCUCCAGAACCUUCUCUCACUGGUUGAAGAAAACGAGCAGCUGAUACAAGAUGCUCUCCACAAGGACCUCCAUAAGCCCAAGUUUGAGUCGGUCCUGUCAGAGAUUCAGAUAACCCUGAAUGACCUGUACUUCGCCAUGGAAAACCUCAGGACCUGGAUGCAGCCGGAAUACAACAUUGGCAAGAAUCUGGCCACUAGGAUGGAUGACUGUUUCAUACGCAGGGAACCCUUGGGGGUAGUUUUAAUCAUCGGGGCGUGGAACUACCCUCUACAUCUUAUUCUCUUACCUUUGGUUGCUGCAAUUGCUGCAGGAAACUGUGCCAUUCUGAAGCCGUCAGAGAUCUGUCAGGCCACCGAGCAACUCCUGGCAGAACUCAUCCCCAAAUACCUGUCUCAGGACUGCUAUGCAGUACUAUGUGGUGGAGCAGAGGACACCAAGUCAUUGCUGAAGAAUAAAUUUGAUCACAUCUUCUACACAGGUUCCCAGGUGGUGGCCCGUUCCAUCCUGCUAGCGGCGGCACCUCACCUGACCCCUGUCACCCUGGAGCUGGGUGGCAAGAGCCCCUGCUUCAUCUACGGCCAUAUCGACAUCCAGAAGGCCGCCAAGCGCCUGUGCUGGUCCAAGUUCUUCAACACUGGCCAGAGCUGUGUGGCACCCGACUACGUCCUCUGCACAGCCCAGACCCGGGACGCCCUACUGCCCGCUCUCCGGGAGACCCUGCGGACCUUCUACGGGCCGGACCCCGGAGCGAGCCUGGACAUGGGGCGCAUAGUCACCCCACGCCACUGGAGACGCCUGGUGGACAUGCUGGAGAAGUCCAAGGGGAAGGUGGUGAUCGGAGGGGGGAGCCGUGAGGAGGACAGGUAUAUUGCUCCCACAGUGUUGGUGGACGUGCAGGAGUCUGAUGCUCUAAUGCAGGAGGAGAUCUUUGGCCCCAUCCUGCCCAUCCUAACCAUAGAGUCUCUGGAGGAGGGCAUAGACUACAUCAACCGGCAAGAGAAACCCCUGGCCCUCUACGUCUUCUCUGACGAGACCUCGGUAGUGACCACAGUGUUGAACAACACCAGUAGUGGUGGUUUCUGCGGCAAUGAUGGUAUAGUACACAUGGCCUUGCCAGGCCUGCCCUUUGGGGGAGUAGGUGCCAGUGGGAUGGGUAGCUACCACGGCCGCUGGGGCUUUGAGACAUUCAGCCACAGGCGGGGCUGUAUGAACCGGAGCUGGUUGCUGGAGAGGGUCAACGUCCUGCGCUACCCGCCCUACAGCGACUACAACCUGGGCUGGUUGCGCUGGGCCACCACCUUCAAGAAGAACAGCUGGGGAGGCUGCUCAGUCAUGUGAGAGUGGUACCCAGUGCGUGCCUGACUGUACUUCCAAAGCCGAUGUGCUUUUCUGAAAGGUCCAAUGCAGCCGUUUUUAUCUCAAUGUCAAAUCAUUUUGGGGUAACAAUUAAGUACCUUACUGUGAUUGUUUUCAAUUAAAAUGGCCAACAAGUAACAUCUUAGCAAAGAGCAAUUUCUCAAGCAAGAAUUUGCUAUGACUGCCUGGGAGUGGUCUGAGCGGGGAGGGGAAAACUAGCUGUUGUUGGCAGAGGUUUGGAUCUCUUAUUGGUCUAUUAACUCAUUUACCGCCUGGAGUUGUCACCAGACAUUCCAAGAGUCCCUUCCCACCUAAACGGGCUGAAAUUUCAGGCGGUCUUUUUAAACUGCUCUUUCACUAAAAGGGUAUUAUCAUUGUUCACAGUAUUAUUCUUCCAACAUAGUGUGGAAAUGUAUAAAACACAGAAGAAUCUAAAAAAUGUUGACUGCACUGGGCCUUUAAAGUAUCUGUUCAGUGUUCCAGAUUUAUAUUAAAAAUUUACCUAAAAUUUAAAAAAAUAUAUAUAAUUAAGGAUGUUAAAAACCAGGGUUUCUCUGUUCCCCGCUUUGCCUGAUUGGAAACAGUGGUUGGGUGUAUACUGACAUGCCAGAUCAGCCAAUGAAAUGCACAAACACUUGGAUAUUCAAAUGAACUACCAACUCCAUGUGGAGCAGUGCUGUAUGCACUGCCUAGCAGGCUUGCUUUCUUUUUGGGGGGGCCUUGGCUGUGUAUAGGUUGUCUGCCCUGUCCACUAAGAAUCCGAGUCACAUUCUGCACAUGUUAUUUUACGCACACUACGGAACUGCUGCUCACACUCCCCUUCCUUUACGUUUCUCUCUUUACUCACCCUCUUCUGAACUAUGAUACUAUGAUGCCUAUCUCUGCCUUAUGUUUCUGAACAGCUGAAAUCAAAUUAAAACUGCUGCAAUUUGAUUGAACAUUCCCCAAAAUAUUGUUAAUGCAACUCCCCACUUGAGUUUUGCAUAGGAACUCUGCGUUUUCCACACACAGGCCCUACUAACUGCUAUUUUGCUUUUCAAUGGUACAGCAUGAGUAGCGGUUCCACGGACCGGUAACCUCAGUCUGACAAUGGGCGAGUUCGUUCUGUGGUGACCGUGCGCUAUUGCCUCUUAUAUUGUUUGUCAACUACUGCCUACUAUACUGAACAAAAAUAUAAACGCAACAAUUUAAACAAUUUUACUGAUUUACAGUUCAUAUAAGGAAAUCAGUCAACUGAAAUAAAUUCCUUAAUCUAAGGAUUUCACAUGACUGGAGGGCAUAUGCCCACCCACUUGGGAGCCAGGCCCAGCCCAUCAUAAUGAGUAUUUCCCCACAAAAGGGCUUUAUUAUUGACAAAUACUCUGCAGUUUAUCGGCUGUCCGGUCCUGGGCUGGUUACACUGCGGUUGUUUUGAGUACUUGAAAAGAAGGCUGUACUUGUAUAGGGCCAUUGAGUCAGCAGAAAAGAGCUGUGAGAAAAGGGGAAAGAGGUGCUACCUGUGGUUCUGGUUUAACCAGGUUAUUCAAGGGAGGGACACAGGCUGCAUCUCAAUAGUCUUGAUUUGGCUUCCUUCCCUUAUCUCUCCUUUACCACGAACUGGAAAGGUGAAAGUAAUGUGGUAGAUACCAAUGGCUUUCACCUGUCCUGUUCUUUCAAAUCUUUGCAGCUGAAGGGAAGGAGAGCUGCUAUUACAAUCCACCCAGGGUGUGGUUUCAGUUCUGUGUGUUCACUGCUACAUCACAAUGGUCUAAACCUGCUUCUUCCACUCCUCUUGCUUUGACCCGUCAGAUCAGAAUAGAUGAGUGGAAGCCACUAUACUGAAAUGCACUGGCUGCCAGGGUCUGGAGGUAAAUGGUUUUUAGCACUGUUGCACAAAACCCCCAUUGUUCACCAUGGGGUUAGUAUAGUUCACAGAACGGUCUUAUGUAACAAUUUUACUGGGUUUUGUUAGACUCUGUGUGACAUAUUAGGUGGUGGAUGUUUUUUGAUUUUAAACGUUUUGUUCAGAAGACAUUAACUAAUAAAACCUUACUUUACAUAUA